AUGCGCUCCUUCGCCUUCUUGCUCGCCUUUUGCCUGCUUCUGGCCGUCGCGCUAGCCAAAGAUGGCUGCCAUAUGGAUCCGGAUUGUCGCCGUCAACAUAGGGAGCAGCAAGGACGCCAGCUGAAGGGCGACUUCUGCCGUCCCGGCGGCAAGAACACCUGUGGGGCUAAGAAGUUUUGUUGCGGACGUGACAAGAAUCGCGGUUACUGUGAGCGCGAGACGGAGCGGAAGAAGCUGAAGUGUAUCCUG